UGCUGCCUUCACUUGCACCAACAGAGACUUUUAGACUGUCUGUACCACCAUUUACAUGUAAUGUUGCUGCUGAAAGAAAAGCGGUUCAGAUGGUUAAUACGUUGGUUCGUAUUAAUAAUGACAGAAAGCAGUCACACUGAUGUUAUUUUCAGGUAGACACACCGAUAUUCGCCACUUGUUAAACCUCAAAGCGUCCGACGUUGGAGCUCACGAGCGGACCCUGAAGGCAGCACGACAUCUGCCGCCUGCGCUCACAGCAUCUCCAGCCACUGUUGGUUAACGACAAUGAGAGGGAGCCCGAAAACUGGCUGUGUGAGUUCAGGCGUGUCUCAGCAGGGGACGAGCUCAGCCGGGUGAUAUUUUUUUAGAACUUCCAUUAGUUAUGGCAGCUUUUGGUGGAGCCACGCCGCGAAGCUGAAGGACCAACCCAGCUGCCACCCCCCAGUGAACUCUGACCCCCAGGUGCCGUCUGACUCAGGGAUACGAUGGGGCUCCUUUUCUUUCACCCCGGCCCACUCUUCUUCGUCUUCUUUUUCCUCCUCCUCCUGUGCCACCCCUGCAUUUCCAUCAGGCCUCAAGUCCUGGAGCGAGCAUCUGCGCCUGAACAAUCUCAGUCCUCUGACAACUCCACAGAGUCUGAAAAGAAGAAAUGUGCAGGUGUCGUGGUGUGUAAACCCGGCAUUCUGCUGCCAGUCUGGGAGCCUCUUGACCCUCCAGUUGGGGAACAAGCAGGGAGGGCGAUUGUGUACUUCCUCUCUCUCAUGUACAUAUUCCUUGGAGUAUCCAUCAUUGCAGACCGCUUCAUGGCAUCCAUAGAAGUCAUUACAUCUCAGGAGAAGGAGGUGACCAUUACCAAACCUGAUGGGGAAACCACGGUGAAAACCGUGCGGAUCUGGAAUGAAACCGUGUCCAACCUGACACUCAUGGCCCUGGGCUCCUCCGCACCAGAGAUCCUGCUCUCUGUUAUUGAGGUGUGUGGACACAACUUCAAUGCUGGGGAGCUCGGCCCAGGCACAAUAGUCGGCAGUGCGGCCUUUAACAUGCUUGUGAUAAUUGGUCUGUGUGUGUCAGUAAUUCCAGAUGGACAGUCUCGCAAGAUCAAACACCUGCGAGUGUUUUUUAUCACAGCUUUCUGGAGCAUCUUUGCAUACAUUUGGCUCUACCUCAUUCUGGCCGUCAUCUCCCCAGGGAUUGUUGAAGUUUGGGAAGCUGUAGUAACACUGCUGUAUUUUCCCAUCUGUGUGAUGUUGGCUUGGAUCGCUGACCGCCGCCUGCUCUUUUACAAAUACAUGCAUAAGAGAUACCGUGCCGACAAGAGGCAUGGGAUUGUAGUGGAAAUGGAGGGGGACGAUUCCCCCCCACGCAUUGAUGUUAUUAUGGACAGAAAGCUGUCAGACGGCAGUCCAGACCCUGGAAACUCCUCUAGUGUGACUGUGUCUGUGCAGACAGGCAGUGAGCUGGACCAGAACAAAGAUGAGGCAGUCCGCAUCUUGAAAGAUCUGAAGGAGAAGCAUCCAGAUAAAUACCUGGACGAGCUGAUCGAGAUGGCCAACUACUCUGCCCUGGUCCACCGGAAGAAGAGUCGUGCCUUUUAUCGUGUCCAAGCAACACGGAGGAUGAUUGGUGCUGGAAACAUUUUAAAGAAGCACGCCGCAGAGCAGAAACGGCGCGCGUCGGGACAGGAUUUGGACAAGGCGACAUGCUCACAUAUCUGUUUUGAAAGCGUCCAGUACCAAUGCACAGAGAACUGUGGCUCUGUGACCCUGUGGGUGGUUCUCGAUGGAGGCACAGGCCAAAACACGUUCUAUGUGGACUACUGUACAGAAAACGGAUCUGCCAACGCUGGAUCAGACUAUGAGUUCAACGAGGGAACUCUGACAUUCAAACCAGGGGAAACCCGAAAAGAGAUCAAGGUGGGGAUUUUGGAUGAUGACAUGUUUGAAGAGGAUGAACAUUUCUUUGUGCGUCUUCAAAAUCUGAGGUUAGAGGAGGGAGGGAGUGAAGGGACCGGUUCUCCGCCCAAGGCUACACUGGUGGAACCUCUUCUGGCCACAGUCACCAUACUGGACGAUGACCAUGCUGGGAUCUUUACCUUUGGGCAGCAAGUGCUGCGAGUGAGUGAGAGCACUGGCAUGCUGACGGUGACAGUGUUGAGGAACUCGGGCUCCAGGGGCACAGUGGCUGUGCCGUACCAUACUGAGGAUGGUAGUGCCAAGGCUGGAGUGGACUAUGAGGAGGCCAGAGGGGAGGUGGAAUUCACCAAUGAACAGACAAGUCAGACAUUACAGAUAUGCAUUUUAAAUGUGGAGGAGUACGAAAAGCAGGAAAACUUCUUUGUUGUGCUUGAAGACCCCAAGUGGCUGAAGAGAGGAAUUUCUGCUCUACUACUGAACCAAGGCAACCCAACUCCUGAGGAGGAAGAGGCCAGGAGGAUUUCUGAGAUGGGCAAACCUAUUCUAGGAGAGCACAGCAGACUAGAAGUCAUCAUAAAAGAAGCCUGUGAUUUUAAGAACACUGUGGAUCAUCUCCUCCAAGACACAAAUCUAGCAGAAGUGAUUGGGACUCACUCAUGGAAAGAGCAGUUCAUUGAAGCAGUCACAGUGAGUGCAGGUGAUGAUGAUGAGGAGGGACAGGAGCAAAGAAUGCCCAACUGCUUCGACUAUUUUAUGCACAUACUUUGCGUUUUCUGGAAAAUUUUAUUUGCUUUUGUCCCGCCCACCGAGUACUGGAACGGCUGGGCGUGCUUCAUUGUGUCCAUCUCUGUCAUCGGCCUCCUAACCGCCAUCAUCGGAGACCUGGCGUCGCAUUUUGGCUGCACUGUUGGCCUCAGAGACACUGUGACUGCUGUGGUCUUUGUGGCGUUGGGGACUUCACUUCCUGACACUUUUGCCAGUAAAGUGGCUGCCACUCAGGACCAGUAUGCAGACGCAUCCGUGGGAAACGUGACGGGAAGCAACGCAGUCAAUGUGUUUUUGGGCAUUGGCCUGGCCUGGUCCGUGGCUGCGGUGUACUGGGAAGUGAAAGGGAAGGUCUUCCGCGUCGACCCUGGUUCCCUGGCCUUCUCGGUCACACUCUUCACUAUUUUUGCGUUCUUUACCAUGGGAGUGCUGAUGCUACGCAGGAGGCCGUCCAUAGGAGGCGAACUCGGGGGUCCAAGGAUUCCCAAGGUCCUCACCUCGCUGCUCUUCUUCGGACUCUGGUUCCUGUACAUCCUCUUCUCCAGCCUGGAGGCCUAUUGCCAUAUACAAGGAUUCUGAGAGAGUCAUAAGGUCACACUUACAGACACAGAACUGUGACAGUAACUACCAAUAGGAAUCCAUCCGCCUCACCGUUUGACUCCUGCUGCCAUGGUUUAAAACAUAUACACAACGUGUGACUAUUCUAGUCAGUAGGACUCUUUGUCACAAUACAAAUUCAUUUCUUUUAAAUAUAUUAGAUUAUAGUUAAUUAUAUUAUGCCUAAAGGGUAUAGGCAGACAAAUAUUUCUGAUUAUUAAAAUAAUGCUAAUAGUUCACAUCCAGACUUAAAGUUGGUCAUUGUCUUCACUCACACGUAUAAAGCCAAGGAUACUGGUAAAAUGUUGCUUGCACAAAGCUAUGGAGGACCAAAACUGACAUAAGAAAUAAAAGCAUAAAUAUA